AUGAAGGUGCAUGUUGGACCGGUUGGUAGUGUUCAUAAUAAAGCUAGAGAAACUACUACAAAUUUGAUAAAUCAAAAUACACAUAUUGAAACGGCUGUGAGCAAACGCUCUGAACAAGCUCGUGUGGCAUAUCGAAGAUGCUUAAUUGCAUCAAUCAAGUGCACUAAGUUUCUAUUAAGGCAAGAUCUUUCUUUUCGUGGAAAUGAUGAAAGUGCCACUUCAAGCAAUAAAGGAAAUUACUUGGAGCUAUUGCAAUUCCUUGCAGACAAUGAUGAGAAAGUUAAAGAAGUUGUGUUGGAAAAUGCUACGGGGAAUCUCAAGUUAGUAGCUCCAAAGAUUCAAAAAGAUAUUGUCAAUGCAUGUGCGGGGGAAACACUUGAUGUUAUCAUGAGUGGUUUAAAAGAUAGAUUCUUUUCUAUAUUAGUGGAUGAAACACAUGAUAUUUCUGUGAAAGAGCAAAUGGCUAUGGUGUUGCGUUAUGUGGACGACAAAGGGCAUGUAAUUGAAAGGUUUGUAGGGGUUCAACAUGUUACCGACACCACUUCAAGUUCACUAAAGGAUGCCAUUGACAUAUUCUUUUCUUCCAAUGGUUUGAGCUUUUCCAAGUUACGAGGACAAGGUUAUGAUGGAGCUAGCAAUAUGAGAGGUGAGUUGAAUGGCCUUAAAACAAAGAUUUUGAGAGAGCAACCUUGUGCAUAUUAUGUUCAUUGUUUUGCUCAUCAACUUCAACUAGCACUUGUUGCCGUAGCAAAGAAAAAUAUUGAUAUUGCCUCUUUCUUCACAACCACUAAUAGUGUGGUUAACCAUGUUGGAGCAUCUUGUAAACGGCGUGAUGCACUUAGACCACAACUCCAAGAAGAACUUGUGAUAGCUUUUGAAAAUGAUCGUCUUAUAACGGGGCGAGGUUUGCAUCAAGAAACAAGUCUCAAACGUGCUAGUGACACACGAUGGAGCUCACAUUACGCAUUGCAAAAGAAAAAUCAAGAAAUUGUGAAUGCAAUGGCUUUGAUGAAAUCAUGCAAGGAAAAGCUACAUUGGAUGAGGAAUAAUGGGUUUGAUGCAUUGGUUGAAGAGGUGUCUUCAUUUUGUGACAAACAUCAUAUUGAUGUUCCUAACAUGGAUAAGACAUUCGUACUUCCAGGGAGGUCAAGGCGUAAUGCUCCAAUAAAGACAAAUCGUCAUCAUUAUCGUGUGGAGCUCUUUAUUUAUGUCAUUGAUGAGCAACUUACGGAGUUAGAUGAUCGUUUUAAUGAGGUAAAUACUGAGUUGCUUAUUUGUUUGGCAUCUUUGAGUCCGAAUGAUUCAUUUGUAGCUUUUGAUAAACAAAAGUUACUUCAUCUUGCUCAAUUUUAUCCUCAAGACUUUUCGAAUGGGGAUCUUUUGGCACUUGAAGAUCAACUUGAGCUUUAUAUUCAUUAUGUGCGUUUGAGUAGUGAUUUCUCUGACUUGCAAGGGAUUGUUUUACCGGUUGCUACUACUUCAGUCGAAAGGGCAUUUUCCGUCAUGAAUAUUAUCAAAGGUCCACUUCGGAACAAAAUGGGAUAUCAAUGGUUGAGUGAUAGCUUACUUGUUUACGUUGAGAAGGAUGUUUUUGAUUGUAUUGAAAAUGAAGCUAUAAUACUACGUUUUCAAAAUAUGAAACCUAGUCGUGGCCAAUUGUAA